AUGGAUGGUGACAUUUUGAAUGUUUUGAAUUCUAUCAAAACUGUGGGAAAAGACAAUGCUGCAAUCUGUAUUCCUUUGAGAGACUUGCUCAAUAUUUAUUACUUGUGUGAACUAGUUUAUUCUAAUAGUAUGUGGGGCCGCAAACAAAGAAAACAAACUUUCGAGGUUUAUAUACAUAGAUCUACUGUAAUGACGUUUAUUUGA